AUGGCCAUCCCACCCCCGCAAUCACAUGUUGCCCCUCCAAACGUUCAAAACACUGUGACACCAGUGCUUUCAGCUCUACCUGGAGCGGCUGCCUCGACAGAGCCUGCCACAACAGUGCUGCCAUCACUAUCGCCGAUUCUCCGACAGCGAGUCCAGCUAUUAUCGUCGGCUUCCACAGAACCAUGGGUCCGCCUCCUAACUUACGAUCCUUCCAAGGUGGCCGAGUUGACGAGUGUCGCCCGAAGCGGCGACUUGGAUCCCCACCCGGUUUCUGGCGAGGUUGAGGUGGACUGGGACCACGGCACCAACAUCAGAUACAAACGACUAGAUCAGGAGACGCUCCAGGCCAUGGUCGUUCUUGACGACCUCCACCUUUUCUUCCGGCUGGUCUACUGCACCGGCGACCCCGAUGGUGGAGGUGAUGGCUGGCGAGUGGGUGAGGUUGGGGUCGCCGGCCCUGCUACCCUUGAUACCUUCAAUGGCUCCCCCGACGUGGCGGAAGCCGAACGGCUGUUUGAGGCGACAAAAUCCAACAGCAAUGGUUUGUCAGUCGCCAGUGCCAUAAGCAACACUAAGAGUGGUUGGAACGCGCAAGCUACGGUGGACGACGAUGAAGACGACGAUGACGAUUAUUGGGCCCGGUACGACGCUACGCCAUCGAGGACACCAGGGGUACAGCGCUCGCCGGCUCCAGGAGCAACUGCGCAAACGGCCCAAGCAGAUAAUCAACCCGGUCAGUCUACCGAAGCCGAGGAUGCGUACUUUGCCCAGUACGACUCGGUCCAACCAGCCAUGGACAACCACGAUCCCGACGAGGAAGCGAACCUCAGGGAGCACGCCGAACAUGUCGGGCCACUUCCCCCUCAAGGCCUGGAAAGGCCGGCGCCCGCGAACGUCAUCGGAACAACAAACAAUGGAGCAACAAAAAAUGGCCCAACGCUAGCUCAGCCUAUCCCUAUCAAACCCGAGUCAGUGCACUCAGCUGGCUCCCGAAAUAGCCAGGAGGAGUCGUGGGUGCUCGCUCAUCCGCGCCCUGGUAGCGCCAGCUCCAACGCAUCACAGGCGGUCACGAGGCUCGAGGAGGCAGCCGAGCGCCGUGAACAGACCGAAUUCGGUGUGAAGCAGCAUAUAUCGCGCAGCAUCAGGAGCCUGUUCCUGCUCUCGCGGGCGUCGGGCAUUGAUAGGGAGGAAUUUGAGAGAAUGGUCCGGACGGAGCUGGAUGUGUUGGGUAUGGUUGAGAACGACAUCUAA